AUGGCUAUUCAAUAUCUCAUCCUGCUGUCCCGCCAGGGCAAGGUGCGCCUCGCCAAGUGGUUCACUACGCUGUCUCCCAGGGACAAGGCCAAGAUUGUCAAAGAUGUGUCACAGCUUGUCCUCGCCCGUCGAACACGCAUGUGCAACUUUCUCGAGUAUAAGGAAACAAAGAUUGUGUACCGCCGAUAUGCGUCGUUGUUUUUUAUCACUGGAUGCUCGUCCGACGACAACGAAUUGAUCACCCUCGAAAUCAUCCAUCGCUAUGUCGAACAAAUGGACAAAUACUACGGCAACGUGUGCGAGCUAGACAUCAUCUUUUCCUUCACCAAAGCAUACUAUAUCCUAGACGAGCUGCUCCUUGCCGGCGAGCUUCAAGAAAGCAGCAAAAAGAAUGUUUUACGAUGUAUAGGGCAGCAGGAUUCCCUGGAGGAUAUGGAGGUUGAGGAUGAAGUUACCAAGCUCAUGUAA